CAGGAGAGUCGGGGCCAGAAGGAGGGGAGCCUGCUCUCUGGUGUGCACUCGUUUCACUGUUUACUGGCGCCGUGACGAUAAGCAGGCAGCGGACGAGGAUGCUCUGUUGUCUGGUGCGCACUCUCCCUGUCUCCAGAUCUCCACGAUCACCAUGGAAGAGCUUAAUUAAUGCACAGGCUUCAUGUGUGCCUCCCGCUGCCGGAGCUGAUGAUUUUUAAACCGCCUUUUCAGUCCGGACCUGCGUUUUUCGCCCUCCGAAGCACCGGACCCGUGUCACCGAGCGGAGAGGACCGCGGCUGAAUUGUAAAGUCUUCAGAAAAGAGGCAAAUUAUGCCAGCAGCACCAGAGUCGCUCCCACUGGUGACGUGCCAGCUCAUUGGUCAGACUACUCUGCCCUUCUCUAGCCUCCCUGUCUACCCUGGCAGAUCCAUGCUGCUGGAUGCUCCUCACAGAGCCACGCCAGCACCAUGAGCGCCAACGGGCCCGCCCCAGACCCAGCCCCCACUGCCCCAGAGGCCCCUCCCGCCUCAACACCUGCCCCUGCUGCAGCCCCAGCCCCAGCCCCUGCGGCACCACCCGCUACUUCUGCCCUGCCUGCCCCAGCGUCCACUACCAUCCCGGCAGGUGCGUUGGCACAGAAGAAGCGGCAGCAGUAUGCCAAAAGCAAGAAACAGGGCAGUAACGCCAACAGCAGGCCACCAAGGGCUCUGUUCUGCCUCAACCUCAACAACCCCAUACGCAGGGCCUGCAUCAGCCUGGUGGAGUGGAAGCCAUUUGAUAUCUUUAUAUUAAUUGCUAUUUUUGCCAACUGUAUGGCCUUAGCUGUCUAUGUCCCCUUCCCUGAAGAUGAUUCCAACUCCACAAACCACGACCUGGAAACAGUUGAGUAUGCCUUCCUCAUCAUUUUCACAAUUGAGACCUUUCUGAAGAUUAUCGCUUAUGGUCUGGUGAUGCACCAGAAUGCGUAUGUGCGAAACGGUUGGAACAUGCUGGAUUUCGUCAUUGUCGUCAUAGGACUCUUCAGUGUUGUCUUGGAGCUUUUGACCAAAGAGGAGAAGUCGGAAGGCGAAGGAGAUACUAACCAUCCGUCAAUGCACGGACAUGGGGGAAAACCAGGUGGAUUUGACGUUAAAGCCCUUCGAGCCUUCCGUGUAUUGCGACCCCUGCGGCUGGUCUCAGGAGUACCCAGUUUACAGGUGGUGUUGAACUCCAUCAUUAAAGCCAUGGUCCCUCUCCUUCACAUUGCCCUCCUGGUUUUGUUUGUCAUUAUCAUCUAUGCUAUUAUUGGCCUGGAGCUUUUCAUCGGUAAAAUGCACGCAACCUGCUUUAUUCCUGGUACAGAUGUGAUAGCAGAAGAGGAAUCAGCUCCAUGUGCAAUCUCAGGGCAUGGGCGCCAAUGCCCCGUCAAUGUCAGCGAGUGCAGGGAAGGCUGGCAAGGUCCCAACGGUGGCAUCACCAACUUUGACAACUUCCUGUUUGCCAUGCUAACUGUGUUUCAGUGUAUCACCAUGGAGGGCUGGACGGACGUGCUGUAUUGGAUGAACGAUGCUAUGGGCUUAGAGCUUCCAUGGGUGUACUUUGUCAGUCUUGUGAUCUUCGGCUCCUUUUUCGUGCUUAACCUGGUUUUGGGUGUGUUGAGCGGAGAGUUCUCCAAGGAGAGAGAAAAGGCCAAAGCCCGUGGAGACUUCCAGAAGCUGCGUGAGAAGCAGCAGCUAGAGGAAGAUCUCAAGGGUUACUUGGACUGGAUCACUCAGGCUGAAGACAUCGACCCCGACAACGAGGAUGAGGCCGAUGAGGAGAGCAAACGCAACCGGGUGACUCUGGCUGACCUUAUUGAGAAGAAGAAAGGAAGGUUUGGGUGGUUCAGCCAGUCGUCCGACACUCAUGCGAGCGUUCCAGCCAGCGAAACAGAAUCUGUGAACACCGAGAAUCAAAACGGGGAGGAUGAAAAGACGCCAUGCUGCGGACCUCUGUGUCAAAAAAUUUCAAAGUCAAAGUUCAGUCGGCGCUGGCGCCGCUGGAACAGGUUCUGCCGCAGGAAGUGCAGGUUGGCUGUCAAAUCGGUGCCUUUCUAUUGGCUGGUCAUCAUCCUGGUGUUCCUCAACACUCUCACCAUAUCAUCAGAGCAUUACAACCAGCCUAUGUGGCUGACACAAGUGCAGGAUGUGGCCAACAAGGUGCUGCUAGCCCUGUUCACAUGUGAAAUGUUGGUGAAGAUGUACAGUCUCGGGCUACAGGCCUAUUUUGUUUCACUGUUCAACCGCUUUGACUGCUUUGUGGUGUGCGGAGGAAUCACUGAAACCAUUCUGGUCGAGCUGGAAAUCAUGUCUCCCCUCGGUAUCUCUGUGUUCCGCUGUGUCCGCCUGCUGAGGAUCUUCAAGGUCACACGUCACUGGCAGUCUCUAAGUAAUCUGGUGGCAUCUCUGCUCAACUCCAUGAAGUCCAUUGCUUCCCUGCUGCUGCUGCUCUUCCUCUUCAUCAUUAUCUUCUCCCUGCUGGGCAUGCAAGUGUUUGGUGGAAAGUUCAACUUUGACGAGACCCAGACCAAGAGGAGUACCUUUGACAACUUUCCCCAAGCCCUUCUCACAGUGUUUCAGAUCCUGACCGGAGAAGACUGGAACGCUGUUAUGUAUGACGGGAUCAUGGCGUAUGGAGGCCCUUCCUCUUCUGGGAUGAUCGUGUGCUUUUACUUCAUCAUCCUUUUCAUCUGCGGAAACUAUAUACUCCUAAAUGUCUUCUUGGCUAUCGCUGUGGACAACUUGGCCGAUGCAGAGUCUCUCAACACGGAUGAAGGAGACAAGAAAGGGGACAAAAAGGAGGAUGAUAAAGAUGACAAGGAUGAAGAGGAGGACAAUGAUGACACUGCAGCAGAGGAGGAGGAUCCAGAAGUUCCGUCGGGGCCUCGGCCGGUCAUCUCUGAGCUAGUAAAGAAGGAGAAGAUCACUCCUAUCCCAGAAGGAAGCGCCUUCUUCAUCUUCAGCAGCACAAACCCGUUUCGCGUGUUUUGCCACAGACUCAUCAAUCAUCACAUAUUCACCAACCUCAUCCUGGUGUUCAUCAUGCUCAGCUCUGUCUCACUCGCUGCUGAGGAUCCUAUCCGAAACUUUUCAGCUCGCAAUAUUAUACUUGGUUACUUUGACUAUGCUUUCACGGCUAUCUUUACUGUUGAGAUCGUUUUGAAGAUGACGACAUACGGAGCCUUUCUCCAUAAAGGAGCAUUUUGCAGGAAUUACUUCAACCUCCUGGACCUGUUGGUUGUCGGAGUUUCCCUUGUAUCCUUUGGCAUCCAGUCCUCGGCCAUCUCAGUGGUGAAGAUUCUUAGGGUGCUUCGUGUUCUUCGACCCCUGAGGGCCAUCAACCGAGCGAAAGGCCUAAAGCACGUGGUGCAGUGUGUGUUUGUGGCCAUCAGAACCAUCGGUAACAUCAUGAUUGUCACCACUCUGCUCCAGUUCAUGUUUGCCUGCAUAGGGGUGCAGCUAUUUAAGGGAAAAUUCUAUCGCUGCACGGAUGAAGCCAAGUCCAGCCCAGAAGAGUGCAAGGGCACCUACAUCCUGUAUAAGGAUGGAGAUGUGAACCAGCCAACCAUCCACAAACGACUGUGGCACAACAGCGACUUCAACUUUGACAACGUCCUCAUGGCUAUGAUGGCUCUGUUCACUGUGUCCACUUUUGAAGGCUGGCCUGCGUUACUUUACAAGGCAAUCGACUCCAACAGGGAGAACCUCGGCCCCAUUUACAACUACCGUGUGGAGAUUUCCAUUUUCUUCAUCAUCUACAUCAUCAUCAUUGCUUUCUUUAUGAUGAACAUCUUUGUAGGUUUUGUGAUCGUCACAUUUCAGGAACAAGGAGAGAAAGAGUACAAAAACUGUGAACUGGACAAGAACCAGCGUCAGUGUGUGGAGUACGCUCUCAAGGCUCGUCCACUGAGGAGGUACAUCCCUAAGAACCCGUACCAGUACAAGUUCUGGUAUGUGGUGAACUCAACUGGGUUUGAGUACAUCAUGUUUGUGCUCAUCAUGCUCAACACACUCUGUCUGGCUGUACAGCACUAUGGCCAGUCGGCACUCUUUAACUAUGUAAUGGACAUUCUUAAUAUGGUCUUCACCGCUGUCUUCACUGUGGAAAUGUUUCUCAAACUCAUCGCUUUCAAACCUAGGAACACAGAGGACAGCGCUCGCAUCUCCAUCACCUUCUUUCGUCUCUUUCGAGUCAUGCGGUUGGUCAAGCUCCUCAGCAGAGGGGAGGGCAUUCGCACCCUUCUUUGGACUUUCAUCAAGUCCUUCCAGGCUCUGCCAUAUGUUGCUCUUCUUAUAGCCAUGUUGUUCUUCAUCUACGCUGUCAUUGGCAUGCAGGUGUUUGGAAAGGUUGCCAUGGUGGACGGCACACACAUCAACAGAAACAACAACUUCCAGACCUUCCCUCAGGCUGUGCUCCUUCUCUUCAGAUGUGCCACUGGAGAGGCAUGGCAGGAGAUCAUGUUGGCCUGUAUGCCAGGGAAACUGUGUGACCCAGAGUCCGACUACAACCCUGGAGAGGAGAUGACGUGUGGCAGUGGAUUUGCAAUAGUUUACUUCAUCACCUUCUACAUGCUCUGCGCCUUUUUGAUUAUCAAUUUGUUUGUUGCCGUCAUCAUGGACAACUUUGACUAUCUAACACGUGAUUGGUCCAUUCUUGGACCACACCACCUUGAUGAAUUCAAGAGAAUUUGGUCUGAGUACGACCCAGAGGCAAAGGGCAGAAUUAAACACCUGGAUGUUGUGACACUCCUUCGUCGUAUCCAGCCUCCUCUCGGCUUUGGCAAAUUGUGCCCUCACAGAGUUGCUUGCAAGAGGCUGGUAGCAAUGAACAUGCCUCUGAACAGCGACGGCACAGUCAUGUUUAACGCCACUUUGUUUGCACUGGUGCGCACCGCUCUGAAGAUCAAAACAGAAGGUAAUCUGGAGCAGGCCAAUGAAGAACUGCGAGCUGUCAUCAAGAAAAUCUGGAAGAGAACCAGCAUGAAGCUGCUGGAUCAAGUGGUACCCCCUGCUGGUGAUGAUGAGGUAACCGUGGGGAAGUUCUAUGCCACUUUCCUGAUACAGGACUACUUUAGGAAAUUCAAGAAACGUAAAGAGGAAGGCCUGGUGGGUGCUCACCCCUCCCAGAACAACACAGCUAUUGCUUUACAGGCUGGCCUUCGCACCCUGCAUGAUAUUGGGCCCGAAAUUCGCCGAGCGAUAUCAUGUGAUCUGCAAGAUGACGAGCUAGUAGACUUUAUUCCAGAGGAAGACGAGGAAAUUUAUAGGCGUAACGGUGGGCUCUUCGGUAACCAUCUCAUGAACGGCGGUCAUCGGCGAUCCAACGGCCAUCAGACCAACGCCACACAGCGACCACUACAGGUGCAACCUCCACCUCACUACGCCCACAUGGAGCAGCCGGUGGGACGCCUAUCUCGAGCAAACGCAAUGUCGCACCCCAACCACCACCAUCACCACCACCACCAUCACAACCGACACCACAACUCCUACGGCAAGUCUCCCAAAUCCACCAACAUCAACCUCAACAAUGCCAACAUGUCCAGUCUGCCCAAUGGAGGACACCAUCGUUACUAUGAGCAUGCACCUCCCAAUGGCUACCCAGGUCUUCGCAGCUCCUACUAUGACUACGACAAGCCUCGGACACCCCAGGGUCAAAGAAGGCGCUACUAUGAGACCUAUGUUAGGUCCCACGGAGUUGAUGGACGCCACCCCACCAUCCGCAGGGAGGAGGAGUUUGAUGAAGACCGCCUCUCUGGGGAGUAUUACAGUGGAGAAGAGUUUUAUGAAGAUGACAGUAUGCUUUCAGGGGACAGGUACCAGAACAGUGACACAGAAUAUGAGACUCCCAAAGGUUACCAUCACCCUGACAGUUACUAUGAUGAUGACGAGCAGCCUCUCUACCGCGACUCACGGAGGUCACCAAAGAGACGGCUGCUUCCUGCCACGCCUCAAGGUAACAGGAGGUCAUCCUUCAACUUUGAGUGUCUACGCAGACAAAGUAGCCAGGACGAGCUUCCACAUCAGCGUACUGCUCUACCACUGCACCUUAUGCAGCACCAGGUUAUGGCUGUAGCAGGUCUGGACUCCAGCAGAGCCCACCGCCUCUCCCCGACUCGCUCCACCCGCUCCUGGGCCACUCCCCCUGCUACCCCGGCCAGUAAAGACCAGUCACCAUACUACACCCCUCUCAUCCGUGUGGACCACCCACACAGGGAGAGUGCUGCUAGCAGCCAAGUGUCAGUGCGGAAGAGCUCCUGGUACACAGACGACCCAGACUUCUCCCAUAGGAUGUACUCGCCUGUCCACCUGCAGGUGCCACCUGAGUACCAUAACAAGUACCACCAGAAGAGAGGCAGCGCCACCAGCCUUGUGGAAGCGGUUUUGAUAUCAGAAGGGCUUGGGAGAUUUGCCAAGGACCCCAAGUUCGUCGCUGCCACAAAGCACGAGAUAGCAGAUGCAUGUGAGAUGACAAUAGAUGAGAUGGAGAGUGCAGCUAGUCAUCUGCUCAAUGGAGGGAUGGCGCCGAGCGUCAAUGGGGUCAAUGUGUUCCCCAUUCUGACUCCAAGGGACUAUGAACUGCAGGACAAUGCAGCCAGCUACAGUGACGAGGAGCCAGAGACAGAACCGAGAGCUCCUUAUGAGGAGGAUCUGGCAGAUGAGAUGAUCUGCAUCACAACUUUAUAGCAGUGGCUGGAGAAAAUCUGCAAUUUAGAACCAUGUCAGACUAAAUUGGUGAAAAUUUAAAAAAAAGAAAUGCAUCUGUUGGCUUUGACCAAAAGAAGUGCCUUUUACAUUGAAGAGAAAAGGCAUAUAGAAGAGAGACACAUUAGUCCCGUUCAUUUUAUUGUUCUCCACCUGCCAGCAAAGGAAGUCACAGCAUAGUGCCAGAUACCAUCCCUGCUGAGCACAGAGGGACUAACUGCAACCUCCUGUCAAAGGCUUUGUCCUGGAGGUGACAUACAGGUUCAACCUGCAGCCAGUCAGAGAGGAGGACAUUGAUACCUGUGAAAGAUGGACCAGUUGGCAAAGGUGUGAGACACUCUCUAGGGCAGGUCUCUAAGGUUGAUGACAAUCAGAUGUACGAUGUCAUUACCUCGGUCACUUUAUUAAGGUUUGGCAUAUCAUGCAAGUUUUCAAUGCAAGCAUAGAAAGGCAUAUCUCCUCCCGUAGUCGUUACUUUAACUUGAUCCCUUUGUUGUUAGAACAGACCAUUUCAUGAUCGUUACAGCUGAGUCAGAAAGUGAAGAGCACCAGUAGAGUUACCAGAUUAUGCAGGAACUAUUGUCCUACUCAUAGCAUCAUUCAACUUGAGAUAUGUACUUUUGAAGCGACAAACGCAUUUUGUUAUAAAUGCACUAGCAGGCAGGUUAUUUUAAAAUUUUAGAAUAUCCUGAUUAAUAUUUCAUAGUUGAUAUGCUGUAAAAUGUAUUAUAUAACAAAAGAAACUUUGUAAAGAGAUACUCUAUAUUUUGUAAUUAUGUAUCAUUUAAAAGAUCAGCAAUACGGACCCUUGUGACUCCUGUUAUGAUAUCAAAAGCAGACUUGCAUUAUUUUAUUAGGUAAAAUAUUCUGAUAUUUAUUUGCCUUUUAUUUUUUUUGCUAAUAGGCACCCUUUAUUUUGCCUACGAAAACAGCAUUUUUAAGAGGUUCUGCUUGUGUAACAACACUACUGCACAAGAUAUGCAAAUGGCUUUGAUUUCCUAGCGUAGGAGUACGUGUGUUACUUCAUCAAACCAACAACGGUUGCAUAAGGUUAAGCCCCCUUUAAAGGAGCAUUUUUAGAAGAUAAGCCUCCAGGAUCCAGUGCUGAAAAUUUAUACAGAUGUGAUGAACACAUUUGUUUGCAUAUUUUGUGCAGGGCAUGCACAAGAAUUUAAGAUGCAUAGUGCAUUAACAAUGCUGCUUUUUUAGUUGGUUUAAGAGUCAAACCUAGGUUUCGUCAGCCCCUACUGAAAUGCCUUUUUUGCUGCUGAAAGAAAGAAAAACGAUAUAUGGUAACAAUAACAGGGAUAAAUUAAUAUUUCUCAUAGCUUGUGCUGGGAUUUUCCAUGACAUGCUCUUUGUUGAUCAUGGUGUAAUUCCAUUAAACCUUUGUACUGAAUCUUGGCAAUCACAUCUUAGCCUUCAUGCAGUGUGUGAGUCCUCGGAGCCUGUGGUGGCAGGAGACACAUGCACACAUCCAAAGGUCAGAAACAGUCCAGCGUGUGUUGUAGAAGGACAGAGGGUGUCCUGGUGUCAGGAUGCUGGAGAGAGGCUAAGCAAUACUAACCCCCCGCCCCUUUCUCUCUCAGCCUGCCCGGUUCCUGCAUACAGUAUACCUCGUUAGGCAACAGUGACAACAUAUCAUUGUCUCAACUUACCUGUCUGUCACAGUGUCACAGAGUCUUUGAAAGAGAUUAGGUAGGAUUGAACCUACCUAAUAGGAGGGAAACCUUACCCUGGAUGCAUUGAAGGAGCAACAGAAACCCACAAGUUGGAAUAUAAGACAACAAAAUAUCUUUUUCUUUUUUAUCAGUUAUCAUUUAUUGAUCUAUUACAAUAGGGAUACUGGACUAAAUAAACCCAAGUGGGCUCUUUCAGGCAUUACCAUGGAGAGUUUGAAUUAGCACCAAGGAUAUUUAGGGGUUAAUGUGAUCUGUUGUUCAUGAGUGUUUGAUUUGUAGGCGAGUGCGUACUGUACUCUAAUUCAACCGAAUACUGUCAUGAAAAUGUAGGUUUUCCAUUUUGUGUGCACAUUGAAAGGGCUCUUUGAAUUGUUUGUGAGUAAAAAAAAUGUGUUCUAGUCCUUUUGUUGAUGACACGUCAUAUAAAAGGACCAAUGCACAUAACAGGCACAUUGUACUAUUCGUAGCAAUUACAGUACUGAUGAACUGAAGAUAUGCAUUAUUUUGUAAACACUUUUCAAAGUUGUGUUAAACUAAAGAUGAAAAGAACUUACUUUUACCUCAUGUCAGGGAUUCCUGAAAAAAGAAAAUAAUGAUUUGGUUCAGUCUAUACCAAUGGUAUUUAAAUAUUAGCACAUAGCUGUUUGUCUUUGCACAAGUAACUGUAUAGUGCUUUUGUUUCUCCUUUUUCUAAACAAAUUUGUGUAUUAAGGUGAGACAAUUUUGUACUUUUUGUGACUGUGUGUAUGGUUUAGUGGAAUCUAUAUUUGUCAUUUACACCUCACCUUACAAUGCUGGGAAUGAAAGCGUAUUAAAAAAUAUUUUCAAGGUGCACUGUUUCUCUGUUCUCUGUAGGGAAAAAAUUAAAUGGUGAAGUACCACUUUACAGAGAAACACAUUCAUUUGAACGUUUCUAUUAGUUUUCUUCAUAUUGUUAUGAUUAUAAUUCCUAUUACAACUAUUAAUGUUCUGAAAGCUGUAUUAAAAUAGAAGAUAAUGUAAAAUAUGUACAAAAGUAUGGAAAGACCCAUGGUAAUGUUCUCUACUUGAAAGUCUUGAUAUUUGCUCCUUAAUGUUUUUAUUCGGUAAACAUCAUUUCUCUUAGUAGCAAAUGCUUUACUAUAACCUUCUAGGUUUUGUAUCAAUACAUUUUUUUGUAUUUUUCAUUUUAUUUUGGCCUUGACUUUAUUUGAAUCGAUACUGAUAUUUUAUUUUCUAUUGAUCAUCAUGGAAUAAACUUAU